UAAAAUCAAUUCAUCUUUUUUUCAAAACAUCUAGAAAAUGGCGAGAAAGAAUCUUGGCCGUAGAAAAAUAGAGAUUGUGAAAAUGACCAACGAAUCAAACCUUCAAGUUACAUUUUCAAAGAGAAGAUCUGGUCUUUUUAAGAAAGCCAGUGAACUUUGCACGUUAUGUGAUGCAAAAAUUGCGAUUGUCGUCUUUUCACCAUCUGGAAAAGUAUACUCUUUUGGUCAUCCAAAUGUUAACGUUUUACUUGACCAAUUUUCAGAACGUGUUCUAAGACACAACAACUCAAACUUUGAUGAAAGCCACACAAAGCUCCAUCUUCAAAUGCUCAAUGAGUCCUUAACUGAGGCGAUGGCUGAAAAAGAAAAAGAACAAAGGAAGAAGGAGUGGCUAGUCCAAAAUGAAAGAGAAAACAAGAAAGUUGAGGAGUGGUGGACAAACUCUCCAAAAGAACACAACUUAACUCAAUUAACUUCCAUGAAACGUGCUCUUGAAGAUUUGAAGAAGGAAGUUAAUGAGAGAGCCUCUCAGUUUCAUCACUCAAUCUCAAACUUCUACGUCGGAAGUUCUAGCAAUCAUGUUGCUCCAGAAGCUGUUAAUGGUGGUAAUAUCUCCAUAAACCAGGGUUUCUUUGCUCAAAAUGGAAUGCCUACUCAUGUUCAAACUCUGCCGUUUGAAUUUAGUGCUAUGAAUCGCACACCAACGGGGUACAACAAUUGCCAAAUCCAAAACCAGGAGUUCAAACAAGUUCAUCCUUAUUAUGGGCCUCGUUACUAUUAGAUUAUCUCUCUCCUUAUGUCUCCAUAAGUUUGUUGUGUCUUUUUUCUUUUUUUGUUUUGAUGUUGGUGUUGUCCGACUUUUAAUUAAGUCUUGAGUCAAUUGGUUUGUUGUUUCUAGCUUUUCGUUAUUCUGUGUUUUGUAGCUUCGAUGUUUUUUAAUUGGAACAUGAGUAAGCUAUAUGAUAAUAUGAAGUUUUCUAUUAUUUUCAUUACUGUGAUCUUACAUGUUAAUCGUAUAUGGAACUGUUUUUGAAACAAGAAUACACCUAAUGUCAUACU